AUGGCCGCCUCUCGUUCCCAAAACGCGCGCUGGCCAGCUCAGACGAGCUCCCCUGGGCUCAACAAGCGACGACGAACAGACCAUUCCGGCUCUACCUCCAAAAUGGCCCGUCAAAUCGUGGCUGACAAGAACUCGGUCGAGUCUGCCAAACAGACUUGCGAGUUCGCAGCUGGAAACGACGUCGUCUCAUGCUAUCCUACCAAGAACACUGUUAUUCCCCAACACCAAUGGGCCACCUUUGUUUGGAACUCUAAUCUCCCCGAAUUCACCCAGACGGACCGUGUCAACAUAUACCUCUUCCAUGGCGACUCCCAGCAGCAGAUACUUUUCUUCCCGAACGUUGUCAACCCCAAGGGUCGGGCGGGCUCCGUCACUGCACAAGUCAACGACUCGUGGUGGGGAGACCGUGGUGCCAACUGGGAUAAUGCCAAUAUCUCGUAUCCUUUCUUCUGGAUAAUGUCUCGCUCAGACAAGUCGCUUGACGAUGGGACACAGCAGCCUCAAGCCACCUUCUCUGCCGUUCAAACAACAUUCGCUGAUUCGGUGCUUGCGGCCAUGUCAACUUCAGCGCUGGCAGCCAGUGCGACUCAUCCGACCACUGCUUCUACAACAGGCUCGUCACUGUCGCUUAGGUCGACAAGUACUGGCGGGGUCCAAUCUGGUGCAUCAAGUUCGAGCAACUUUCCUCAUUGGGCCAUCGCUGUCAUCGUUGUUCUGGGCUUCCUUGCUGUUGCCACGACUUGCAUUCUCACCUUCUUCAUAAUCCGACGGAUACGCAGACGAAAUGCCAUCGAGUCCAAUCGCAAUUCGAUGGGUUCCAGUUCUCCCAUGAUGGCCAACACUGGCCAUUCUGCCGCAUCACCUCUUCUCGCCGCGGCUGCCAUUCCAGGUCGGCAUGCCAGUACGACUUCCCACGUCCAUGGGGCUCCAAGCGUAGUCUCUCCAGAUGGCGCUUCAACAAUAUCCCGGGCCGGGAGUGCCGGCGACCCAGGUCCUUUCUCUGGCGCUGAUGCGGCAAUUAUGGCCGAUGCAUUCCGGAAAGCACUUCGCAAACCAGACUUUGCAGACCGACCAGUAGAAGAAGGCGAGAGCCCAGAGAAUCCAGAAGUGACUGAAGAACAACUGAUCAACCGCGAACUCGCGGACGAAGGGAAAGACAUCCGAAGUGUCGGUUCAUCUCGAGGAGUCAAAGUUGAAACGAUGAGCGAUGCUGGUACACACGACACUGCUCAUUGA